AAAAGUUCGGUUUCCAGGGAGAGAGGGCAGAGACGGACGCCAGCACAGGGGAGAAAGGAAUUUUUAAACAUUAAACAAAGCAUAUUUCAAAUUCAAGAACAGAAUCAGAGAGGAAAAAAGAAAAAAAAGGAGAAAGCAAGAUUUGAAGGGAAAGAUGGGAGACGUUAUGUUGUUCGCCGAUGAUUUUCCUGUGAAUUCUGCAGCUUCGUACUGUAGAAUUUGCCACGAAGCAGAGUUUGAAAGCUGCAAGAGCUUGGAAGCUCCCUGCGCUUGCUCCGGUACCGUCAAGUUUGCGCACAGAGAUUGUAUACAGAGAUGGUGUAACGAGAAGGGAAACACAACUUGUGAAAUCUGUCUCCAGGAGUAUGGACCUGGGUACACGGCACCUUCAAAAAAAUCUCAGUUGAUUGAAGCAGCAGUGACCAUCAGGGAUAGCCUCCAAGUUCCGAGAAGCGAAUUGGAGCUAGAGAGGCAGAGAUUGGUGGCCAUAGUUGAAGAAUUGGAUGCAGAAGGAAACCAAUUUUCUCAAUGCACUUCUGUAGACAGAGGCGCCUCUUGCUGCCGCUCCCUGGCCUUAACUUUGACCGCCAUUUUGCUUGUGAAACAUAUCUUUGCUACGCUUUCUGGUGAGACAGAGGCAUACCCAUUUACACUUCUUACGGUCCUUGCCUUUAGAAUUACUGGAAUUUUACUACCAAUGUUGGUGAUUAUGAAGAUAAUUACAGCCCUUCAAAACAGUGUUAGGCGACCGCCAUUAUAUCAUGAUUCUGAUAAUGACACAUCAAAUUCUGAAGAUGAAGACGAUGAAGAUAUCGAACAACCACGAAAUACAGAGGUGUAGUCCUAAUUGCAUUUUCCAGGAAAAUUUGUUGUAGAUGUAGCUUUUGCCGAUUUUUCAUGUGUUCAGCAUUCAUUGAUGUUUUUCUUCCCCAAAAUUCUCUAAUCUUGGGGCAUGAAUAGAAAACUUGUGUAUAUUGUCUUCAAUUAAGUAGAAAGAUGAAAGAUUAUUUGAUUCAAAAUGAAGGGUACUCGGUAGGCUAACGACCUUACUAACCACUGCAAUCCUAAGUUCUUAACCAAUGCGCAUUUUCUUUCAAACCCAGUUUUGAUGAUUACUUGAAAUUUCAAAAUUUCAGUAUGGCCAACAACCCUUCACUUUCUGGGUUGAAACUAAUUUCUAAUAAUUAGAAAACACAAAAAGGCUACAAUUUAAGGAAAUUUUGGGAAUUUGAUGACAGUGAUUUACUAAUGUUCCAUUCCUGAUCAAUUGCUUCAAGUGGAAUGCUCCAGCACUGCAUAGAAGUCCUCUAUGUACCCAAUGAAAUCAUAUAUAUGUUCCUCUUGUACAUCAGUGUUGCUGCAGAAGUAGUCUUGCUUUAUGCUGAAGAUCUGACUAAG